AUGCCGGAUCUCACCCAGCACAACGCCGCCAAUGAGGAGCGCCUUAAAGCGGCCUUGUGGCAUUCGAUCGGGAAGACAGUCGACGCCAUCGCCCUCGAGAACAACAUCAAUGCGACUCCGCAGUUCAUCGGCAGUCUCACGGAGCUGGUUCACGCGAAGAUCACUACUGCGGCGACAGAUCUGGAGGCUUUUGCAAAGCAUGCUGACCGGUCGACUAUCAAUAGCAAGGAUGUGAUGUUGCUCGCGCGGAACAACGAAGGGCUCGAGGACAUUCUGAAAGAGAAGGCCGAUGCGGUUCGCAAGAGCAAGAAUUGA